GAGCUGCAACCCUGCAACAGCACAUCUCCUUGCUUCCUCUUCACUUUUCAUCAACCUUCAGUGUAGGCGAGCCAUGAGCAACCGCAAUGGUGGCAGAGGCGGUGCGAGGGGCGCGAGGCUGCAGCUGCACCUGUCGCCGCCGGCGGCCGGGAGGAUGGAGGUGGACGGGGGCGACGGCAGCGACUGGUCGUCGUCCCCGAGCUCGUGCGUGUCGUCGGACGGCAGCCCGGGGGGCAAGUCGCCGAUGGUGAUCGGCGCCUGCACUCGGUGCAUGAUGUACUGCAUGGUGGCCAAGAGGGACUUCCCCACCUGCAUCAACUGUAAGCAGCCCUCCCUCGUGGACCUCCUCCAUGGCGCCGGCGCCGCCGGCAGCGGCGGCGACAAGAGGCGCGGCAAGGGCAAGUGAAGGGAGGCCGGCUGGCAUGCCUUGCCCGCCCCGUCCAGUGGAUGCUCAUACGGAUGGUUAGCUCAGGUUGUUCGGGCACACGCAUCUCGAAGCACGGUGGAGGAGUGACCGCCGUUGGAUCAUCCACUGGACGGACAGGGCCAUCUUGGUGAUGUUGUAGGCUAGUAGCUAGAGUAGUUGCUGAUCUUAAUUAGUUGCUAUGUUUAUGACCUUGUUGUGUUGCUUACGUUAGUAUGGUUUUAGUUGUCAUAAUAACAAUGUAAUGCUCUGUUUGAAUGAAGAGUGCAGUCUAUGAAUGAAU